CCCCCCACCCCAAAAUAUCUACUCUCUUCACCCUCCCAACAACUGGCCGCAGCUCCUCCUCCAACUGCCAUGUCCACCGCAAACUCUGACAACCAUCUCCAGACCCCAAUCCUUGACUCUGAGUCCGCUCAGCUCCUCCAGGCCGUCUCCCAGCACGGCGGCUACGCUUACGUCAGCAUGGCGGCUCGAGCAGCCGCCGGAGACCUCCGGGCCGCAGAGGCGGCUCGCGAGAUGGCUUGGGAGCAGCUCCACUCGGGCCCCUGGCACUCCGUGUUACCCGUGUGGCGCGACGCCUACUCCAUGGCCUGCCUCCACGUGGCCAAGGUCCAUGCCAUCGACGGUGAGUUUAGCGACGCCCUCAGGGCACUCGACAUGGGCCUCAUCAUGGGCGGCCCGCUCUUGAAACCCGACUUGCAUUCCCUCAUCGCCAUUGUCUCUGCCAAAGCCAGGGCCGCUAGGGUUUCUGAAAAACAACAGCAAUGCCCCAAAUCGGACCGCCGAUUGGUCCCUGACGACCUCGACUCGACGGAGUUGCUUGGAGUUUUGCCCACAAAGUCGCUUUCUUGUAAAAUGGUUUUGAAGAGGUCUGGUCUAUCUUUGGAGGGGUUUUUGCGUGAAUAUCUCUUACCGGGUUACCCAGUUAUAAUAAGCGAUGGCAUGGGUCAUUGGCCGGCCAGGACUAAGUGGAAUGACAUGGAUUAUCUGACAACGGUUGCUGGUGAUCGCACAGUGCCAGUUGAGGUUGGGAAAAAUUAUUUAUACCCGGAGUGGAAGCAAGAACUUAUUACAUUUUCCCAGUUUCUUGAGAGGAUUAAGGCUACUGGCUCUUCCUCUGCUGCCCCAACAUAUCUUGCUCAGCAUCCAUUGUUUGAUCAGAUAAACGAGCUGCGUGACGACAUAUGUAUUCCCGACUAUUGUUUUGCCGGUGGUGGGGAUCUAAGGUCUCUAAAUGCUUGGUUUGGUCCAGCUGGGACAGUAACCCCAUUACACCAUGAUCCACACCAUAAUGUGCUUGCUCAGGUAGUUGGCAAAAAGUAUAUAAGGCUCUACCUGGCUUCGUUGUCAGAGGAACUCUACCCAUACACUGAAACCAUGCUUUGCAACUCAAGCCAGGUUGAUCUAGACAACUUAGACGAGAAAGAGUUCCCAAAGAUGCGUGACUUGGAAUUUCUUGAUUGCAUUUUAGAGGAAGGUGAUAUGCUUUAUAUCCCACCAAAGUGGUGGCACUAUGUGCGGUCUCUAACAACAAGUCUCUCUGUUAGCUUUUGGUGGAGUGAGUAUGGAAGUUCAUAGCUUUUGGUGGAUUUAGAAGUUCAGCCAUGUCUUGUUUAUUCUUUUUGGUAUCGGUAUAAGACAGAGGGCAGUUGUCAGUUCCAAAAAUAUUACUCUCAUGUAUACGACAUUCUAUUCAAUCUUACAUCAUAUGAUAAGACUUACAGAUGUCUGAUUUAAAAGAAACUGUUACAACAUUUUUUAGGAUAGUAUUUCAA